GGUAACUAUUGCUUUAAAAGACUGGACUUCUCGACUGCCCUGCAUCGACACUGUACAGUAAACUGGUGAAAAGCUACUGACAAUCUCGCUCAACCCUUCAUCGGACAGUUCACCAACUCUAAACCUGCAUAUCACUGAGUGGGCCCCUCUGUUGAUGACAUUCCUAACUGUCACCCAGAUGCUUCCAUGACCAGGGUUGAAAGCCUGAACUGAAACUUCACUUGUGUAUGGAACCCCCCUGGUUUAAACCUACACAAACCAACCUUGAGGGGGUUGCUAUUUGGAGCGAAAUAUGUUUCAUCUGAUCAAGAAAGACAAAGACAAGGAUGAGAGGAAGAAGGACAAAAAGGACAAAAAGGAGAGGAUGUCCCAGGCAGAACUGAAUAGUCUGGAGGAAAUGAGCCAGCGGCGAGGCUUCUUCAACCUCCACCGAGGAGGCUCUAAGCGGGACAACAAAGGCAAGCUGGAGAUCUCCAGCCCCAUCCCUAUUAAGGUAGCCAGCAACACAGAGCUCAGCCUUACUGAUCUAGAUGCUGAUCGCUUCAGCAACCGUGGCAGUAUGGUCCUGGACUUGGGCCAGAUGAGUGCCGCCAGCUCCAGUGAUGACAUCCAGGGGGAGUGGGGACAGGAUCCCUGUCGCACCUCUGUUAAGGAGCGAGCGGCAAAAUUCGGCAGCCUGGCAAAGCAGAACUCCCAGGUGGGCCAGGUCAUGAAGCGCCAUUCCUCCCAGAAAAACAAAGAGGAGAGUGUCUCUGAGGCCUCCACACCAAGCUCAACACAACCAUCUCCCCAGAUAGAGAACAAGGUGUUUGACCACCACAGACAUGACUCCCAUCUGCAUCUCCAGGGCCACGGCUGGGCUGGGAAGAGGGUUCAUAUCCCAGAGGUGGUCGAGAAGACCUUCCCGGCAAACCUGCAGCUGCCUGGCGUCUUGGCGCUGCCCAUGCCCGAGCCCAGGGAACUGGAGCUACAGCGUCGCAACACAGGAGACUUUGGCUUCUCCUUGCGCCGCACAACCAUGUUGGACCAGCAGCCUGAUGGUGGGACCUACCGCCGCGUGGUUCACUUCGCUGAGCCUGGAGCCGGGACCAAGGACCUGGCGCUGGGGCUGGUGCCUGGAGACAGGUUGGUUGAGAUCAAUGGGCACAACGUGGAGAGUAAGAGCCGGGACGAGAUCGUUGAGAAGAUCCGUCAGUCUGGGGACUCUGUGAGGCUGAAGGUGCAGCCCAUUGUGGAGCUGAGUGAGCUGAGCCGCUGCUGGCUGAGGAACAGCAGAGAGGCCUACGAUGUGAAGACUGAGGAGCAGAUAGCUGCUGAGAAGGCCUGGUAUGGGACUGAGAAAGUAUGGCUGGUUCACAAGGAUGGAUUUUCCUUGGCGACCCUGUUGAAGACGGAGCCAGGCAGUCUGCCAGAGGGGACAGUCAAGAUCAGACUGGAGAGCGACGGCUCGUUGCUGGAUGUGGAUGAGGAUGAUGUGGAGAAGGCAAACCCUCCAUCGUUUGACCGCGUGGAGGAUCUGUCCUCACUGCAGUACCUCAAUGAGUCCAGUGUGAUGCACUCCCUGCGCCAGCGCUACGGGGGCAACCUCAUCCACACCCAAGCUGGACCCAACAUGGUGGUCAUCAACCCCAUCAGCGCUCCCUCCAUGUACUCUGAGAAGGUGAUGCACAUGUUUAAGGGGUGCAGGAGGGAGGACACAGCACCUCACAUCUAUGGCGUGGCCCAGUCAGCCUAUAGGAACCUGUUGACCACCCGUCAGGACCAGUCGAUUGUGCUACUGGGAAAGAGUGGCAGCGGCAAGACCACCAACUGUCAACACCUGGUUCAGUACCUGGUCACCAUCGCCGGCAGCACUGGCAAGACCUUCUCUGCGGAGAAGUGGCAGGCAGUCUACACCAUCCUGGAGGCCUUUGGGAACAGCUCCACCUCCAUGAAUGGAAACGCCAGUCGCUUCUCUCACAUCGUGUGCCUGGAUGUUGACCAGGCUGGACAGGUGGCCUCGGCCUCCAUUCAGACCAUGCUGCUAGAGAAGCUAAGAGUGACCAGGCGGCCAGAGGGAGAGUCCACUUUCAAUGUCUUCUACUAUAUGAUGGCUGGAGCUGACAGCGCUCUCAAGACUAAGCUGCACUUCAACCACUUUGCCGAAAACAGUGCUUUCGGAAUCGUGCCUCAACCCAAGUCUGAAGACAAGCAGCGGGCCUCCCAGCAGUUCACCAAGCUGCAGGCAGCCAUGAAGGUCCUGGGCAUCAGUGGGGAGGAGCAGAGGGCCUUCUGGCUAGUCCUGGGGGCCAUCUACCACCUAGGAGCUGCAGGAGCCACCAAGGACGCAGACAAAGCCGGUAGGAAACAGUUUGCACGUCAUGAAUGGGCGCAGAAGGCUGCCUACCUGCUGGGCUGCACUCUAGAAGAGCUCUCCUCCUCCAUCUUCAAGCACCAGGCCAAGGGCACCCUGCCCAGAGCCAGCUCUAUACGUCAGGGGACAGACGAUGCAGCAGGAGACUUCUCAGGUUCCAAGGCCACAGCCAUGGAGUGUUUAGAAGCCAUGGCAUCUGGGCUGUAUUCAGAGCUCUUCACUCUCCUCGUCUCCCUCAUCAACCGUGCUCUGAAGUCCAGCCAGCACUCUCUGUGCUCCCUGCUCAUCGUGGACACCCCGGGCUUCCAGAACCCUCGCCUGGCAAAGCGGGAGCGCGGAGCCACCUUUGAAGAGCUCUGCCAUAACUACACCCAGGAGCGCCUGCAGACACUGUUCUAUCAGCGCACCUUUGUACAGGAGCUAGAGAGAUACAAAGAGGAAAACAUAGAGCUCGCGUUAGAUGACAUGGAGCCCAGCACAUCUCUGUCUGUAGCUGCAGUAGACCAAGCGCCAAGUCAAGCCCUGGUGCGGACGCUGAGGACUGAUGAGGCUCGGGGCCUGUUGUGGCUGAUGGAAGAGGAGGCUCUGCAGCCUGGGGGUUCAGAGGAUACUCUACUGGGACGCCUCUUCAUUUACUAUGGCCCUGCUGAGGGAGAGAGCAAAGGUCACACCUUGUUGCUGAAGAGUGGGAAGCCGCAUCACUUUCUGUUGGGUCACAGUCAUGGUACAGACUGGGUGGAGUAUGACGCCCGUGGUUGGCUGAGCCAUGCCAAACAGAACCCUGCCUCUACCAACGCAGGGAGUCUCCUGCAGGACUCCCAGAAGAAGAACAUUAGUGGUCUGUUUAUGAGCCGAGGAGGCGGGGCCACCUCCCUGUCAGGCUCCAUCGCGGGCCUGGAGGGUGUUUCCCAGCUGGCCUUGCGGCGCGCCACCAGCAUGAGGAAGACUUUCACCACUGGAGUGGCGGCCGUCAAGAAGAAGUCCCUCUGCAUCCAGAUCAAACUACAAGUGGACGCUCUGCUGGACACUGUGCGGAGGUCCAGGGUUCACUUUAUCCACUGCUUGCUGCCCAAUGCUGAUGCCCUGCGGGCAGGCAGAGGGGAGUUGGAGGCCCAGGGGGACAGUGGAGACUCUGGCCUGAUGCAGCUGGAUGUGGUCCUGCUCCGUUCUCAGCUCCGUGGCUCCAAGCUGCUGGACGCUCUCAGAAUCUACAGACAAGGAUACCCUGAUCACAUGGUCUUCUCUGAAUUCUGCCGCCGCUUUGACGUGCUGGCACCACACCUGAACAAGAAACUUGGCCGCAACUACAUAGUGAAGGAUGAGAAGAAGGCUGUGGAGGAGCUGCUAGAGUCCCUGGACCUGGAGAAGAACGGCUAUCACAUGGGACUGAGCAGGACUACAAGGGAUGGAUUAUCACCUUUCCAGUUAAUGUCAUCUAUUUGUACAUUGUUCUUCAGAGCAGGGACCUUGGCAAAACUGGAGGAGCAGAGGGAUGAGCAGACCAGACACAACAUCACCCUGUUCCAAGCAGCCUGCAGUGGAUACCUGGCCAGACAGGCCUUCAAGAAGAGGGAGACCCAUGACCUGGCCAUCCGCUGCAUCCAGAAGAACAUCAAGAAGAAUAAAGGAGUGAAGGGCUGGCCCUGGUGGAAGCUGUUUACCACUGUACGGCCCCUCAUUGAGGUGCAGCUCACAGAGGAACAGAUCAGAGGAAAAUGCGAGGAGAUCCAGCAUCUGAAGGGAAAGCUGGAGAAGACGGAGAAAGAGAGAAAUGAAGUGAGAUUGAACAGUGAUCAACUGGAGAGCAGGAUCUCAGAGUUGUCAGCAGAGCUUGCAGACGAGAGGAACGCCGGAGAGUCGGCUUCCCAGCUGCUGGAGACCGAGACGUCUGAGAGACUGAACCUGGAGAAAGACAUGAAGGACCUGCAGGCUACGUUUGACUUAAUGAAGAAGCAGAUGGAGUGUAUGGAGAUGGAGGUGAUGGAGGCUCGUCUCAGCAGAACAGCAGAGCUCAAUGAGGACGUAGACGAUGAUGACGAUUCAGGAGGAGAGUGGCGUCUGAAGUACGAACGAGGCAUCCGGGAGACUGAGUUCACCAAGAAGAGACUUCAGCAGGAGUUUGACGACAUGCUAGAGACUGAGCAGCAGAGUAAAAGACCUCUGGAGAGGAAGCUGACUGACCUGCAGGCGGACAACGAUGAAGUGCAGCGCUCUGUGCAGCAGCUGAAGAAGAAGUGUAGCAGACUGACGGCUGAGCUGCAGGACACCAAGCUGCACCUGGAGGGCCAGCAGAGCCGCAACCACGACCUGGAGAAGAAACAGAGGAAGUUUGACUUUGAGCAGAGCCAGGCCCAGGACGAAGUGCUGAGAGAGAGGACACAGAGAGAGAAGCUGGGCCGGGAGAGAGACAUGAUGACAGGGGAGCUGUUCAGUCUGUGCCAGCAGCUGCAGGACAAGGACAUGGAGCUGUGUGCCAUCCAGCUGAAGGUGGAGCAUCUGGAGGCAGAGCUAAAGGACCUGUCGUCCCAGGAGUCCAAGGAUGAGUCGUCGCUGUCCAAGACCAAGAAGACGUUCCGUGACCUGGAAGCCAAGGUCAAAGACCAGGAGGAGGAGCUGGAUGAGCAGGCCGGGACCAUCCAGAUGCUGGAGCAGGCCAAGCUACGUCUGGAGAUGGGGAUGGUGAGUCUGCGGCAGACUCACUCUAAAGACAUCGAUGGCAAGGAUGAGGAGGUGGAGGAGAUCAGGCAGUCCUGCAGUAAGAAGCUGAAGCAGAUGGAGGUCCAGCUGGAGGAGGAGUAUGAUGACAAGCAGAAAGUCCUGCGUGAGAGGAGAGAGCUGGAGGCCAAGCUGCUGUCUGCCCAGGACCAGGUGGGCUGCAGGGACGUGGAGACCGAGAAGAGGCUGAGGAAGGACCUGAAACGCACCAAGGUGCUGCUGGCUGACGCCCAGAUCAUGCUGGACCACCUGAAGAACAACGCCCUCAGUAAGAGAGAGACCGCCCAGCUCAAAAACCAGCUGGAGGAGUCAGAGUUCACGUGUGCGGUGGCGGUGAAGUCUCGCAAGGGCAUGGAGAUGGAGAUCGAGGACCUGCACAUCCAGAUGGAGGAAGUGGUCAAAGUCAAGAUGUCGCUUGAGGAGCAGGUGUCACGUCUGCAGAGGGAGAAGAAUGACCUGCAGUCUCGUAUGGAGGAGGACCAGGAGGACAUGAAUGAGCUGAUGAAGAAACACAAGGCUGCCGUCUCCCAGUCUGCCAGAGACCUGGCCCAGAUCAGUGACAUCCAGGUCCAGCUAGAGGAAGCCAUGAAGGAGAAGCAGGAGAUCCAGGACAAGUUGCAGUCCCUGCAGAGCCAGCUGGAGUUCCAGGAGCAGUCCAUGGUGGAGAAGUCUCUGGUCAGCAGGCAGGAGGCCAAGAUCCGCGAGCUGGAGACCAAGUUGGAGUACGAGAGGACCCAGCUCAAACGCCUGGAGAGCCUGACAGGCCGUCUUAAGGAGAACCUGGAGAAGAUGACAGAGGAGAGAGACCACCGCGGGAAUGGAGAGAACAGGGAGAAGGAGCAGAACAAACGUGUGCAGAGACAGAUGAGGGACAUCAAAGAGGAGAUGGCUGAGCUGUCCAAGAAGGAGGCUGAGGCCAGCCGCAAGAAGCACGAGCUGGACAUGGACAUAGAGAGUCUGGAGGCAGCCAAUCAGAGCCUGCAGUUGGACCUCAAGCUGGCAUUCAAGAGGAUCGGAGACCUGCAGGCCGCGAUUGAAGACGAGAUGGUCGACAGUGACGGAGAAGAUGACCUCAUAAACAAUGGUGACGACUUGGACACGGACUCAGAGGUGGACAGUGUGGACGAUGUUAAGUCCUGGCUGUCCAAGAAUAAGGGAUCCACCAAGACCCUGUCAGCUGAGGGCAGUCUAAAGAGCUCCAGCCCUCCUCUGUACCGGAGACACCUCAGUGUAGAGAAGGAGAGGGGUUCCAGCAGACACUCCGGGAAGGAAAGUGACGAUGAUGCAAUGCUGGCCACAGCGUAACAGAGACUAAUGCUACAUCUCGCUCUUUAACCACCAACCUACACGUACAUACCAGAGACGGAUGUACCAUCCUUUACAUGCUCAUAAUACCCCUCCCCCAUACCAUCCUCAUAUGAACAUCAGUGAGCAAUGCUAGCUAGCACCGGAGGCAAGGGCAGGGGAAAGUCAGAGUGCACAUACAGCUUCUAUUGAAAUAAAACAUGUUAUAGCCAUUUUCACUUGCUACUAAGAGCUUUGAAAAGAACAAUCUCUCACAACAUCUCUCACAACAUAUUUUCCACCUUAACUCUACAGCUUUGAAGUGAUAUAAAUAGAGUUUAUCACCACUGGCUUAUUUAAGAUAGCCUAUGAAAAGCAGAUGCAUUCUCAUACUUUUGUACAAUUUCAGCCAGUAUUUUUGAAAGUGGUGCUCAUGAGCCGAAAGUAUUCCCUGUUUUUUGGGUAGUACGUCAUAUGUUAUGAAUCCAAUUUGUGCAAUAUGUUAUGAAUUUGGAUCCCGGAGUGCAUCUUUAAGCUCCUGUUGUCAUCUCUGUUUGAGGGCUGGAGAGCUUGUGAUUUAUUCAAAUGACUGUAUCAGGCUGUCUCCCUACAACCUGACUUCUCACUGCAAGUCCAUAUGCCUGACACUCCAGCAUAUCCUCCUUACCACUUAGAAAUGCACUUGUCUCCUCGACAUGUGUUUGGACUGUCUGCUCUUGCGCUUCAAGGAAUAUUUAGCCAAUAUCAGUGUAUAGAAGAAAGAAAGACAAGUAUUUAACUUGCUUCAAUACUGUUUUGAUUUUUAAUGGUUCUUAGAGAAUGGGAGAGAGCUGCUGUGAAGGGAUAGGGCUUUAUGUCAUAUGCGUUGGGCCCAUUUGCAUACAGUAGUUCAUGCUGGAAUGGUUUUGGUCUGGCUCGUUUGAAGCUCCUCCAUGAGUUUGUUUCUUCCUGUCAUUCUGUUGGUUUUCAAAGGGAUUGCAUUUACUAUCUGCUAUGACGGGGGCUUUCUAGGGAUCUUGUUCUCUUUCUUUAGCUAUCAAGAUAUACAUGCACAGGAUAUCAGGGGGGAAAAAGGGGUUUUAUGAGGCAAAUUGUCAUAGUGCUAUAAGUCCCCUGUCCCUCAUGGGGGGGGGGGGGGAGCAGCAUGUUUGCAACAGAAGGUCUGAUAUAAUCCCUGGAUGAAUUGUCUCAUGUAGGAUAUAGAUGUGUCCUUCCACUAAUUGGGUGCCUUUUGAGUAGUGUAACACCACAUUUUAAAAUUCUGUCAUAAAGAGCACAUGCGCCUUCAUAAAAAACAUGUUUUCCUGUCUCAAGACGGGAAACAGGGAGGCGCAAUUGAAAGUAAGCUUCACAAAAAAGUAGCAUUGUUAAAUGUCUAGUCUGUCUACCUUACGGUAACGGAGUUGACAUGUUAUGUUCAACCCGUUCACUUUUCCACCACAAAACACCAGUACAUGGCUGGAAAUAGAACCAGCUCACCUGCUUUUCCACUAGGAUUUAAACUAUUAGAUGUUCAAUGUUUCUUUUAGAAGAAAAUAUACAAAAAUGAAUAUUUUCACCACAUUAAAAUUUGAGUUCAGUUCACAUAGCAGGGUUGACCAUAAAGGAGACCCAUUUUUAUUUUUUUAAAACAAAUCCAGACACCUUUUUGUGAUUUCACAUGUUUUUGAGAAACUUACUCCAAACAGCAAAUCACUCUCAUCCUCGUUGUGUAGUAUGUGGGCCAACAAAACACAUAAACAAAGGCUCCAAAAACACCGAAAUAUGUCAUUUUCGAAACAUCAAAGCUCUCAGUAUAGUGAUACAGGUAUUUAGAUGUUGUACACAUGUAAUUGUGUCAUUCCGAACUUUUUCAGCAAUGUUCUAUUCCAAUUUGUUGCGACUCGAUCGAUACCGCUUUGUAAAUGGGUGAUACAAAGUGUGUAGUCUAUUGAAAGCAUGGGUUGCUUCUCCACAGGAAGUCCCAGCCCCUCGUAGAAGAGCUUUUCAGGCAGCUUGUGGUGGCCCAACACCCUAUUAAGACACAAUGUUGGUGUUUUUCUUUAUUUUGAAAUAAAGAGAUUUGGUUGUAUAAAAAAAACCAACCUCUCCUUUAAAAUGAGGGACAGAUGUAAACAAAUCACUAAUCACAUGAAAUAAAUAAUGUUCUUCAGAAAUGGCUUUUUGUCAAAGCAACAAAAUAACUAGGGCUUAACCACAAUGGUGAACACGGAGAAAUGUUGGGAUUAAGAGGGUUAAAGGGACAUGUCGAAAUGAUGAAAACAAAUUUUUCAUAUAAACAUCUGAUUUAUUGAAUUCUCCAUGUGAUCUAUAUUAAAGGGCACUUAAAUGAAUACAAGUCUUUUUAAAAUGUAAUAUUGGUGCACAGUUUCUACUUAAAAUAUUAAAGGGAUGCAAAAGGCUCUAAUUUCAUGGAACGAAUUUGGCCUUACUGAGUGACAAUGAUAUCCUUUAGUUUAACCUUGUGCAUUUUCAGUCGUAAAUAUGGAAAUUAUGUAUCUCUAUGUCCACAAGUGUGUUUUCAUGUGUCCAUAUCUCCAUUGCUCCUGUCUGUUCAUGUGCAUUGGAAGGAAAUGUUUAAAGUGUGUGGGACAGACUAUUUUGCAUAUCUUCUCAGUGGGAGCUUAACUCUGCAUAUCUUUCCCCAUUUCCUGUUUUUUCUAUGCAUUAGAUACAAAUAUUAAUACGGAACAUAGGAUAAUUUGAUGUCAAUGCUUCUGAGUAGUGAUUUGUUAAAUAAAAUGUAUGUUUGCAUCUUGAGGCAUUUUUGGUUUUACACACAUAAUAUAUACCAUGUUUGAAAUGAUUCUAUGAUUCAUAGCUUUUCAAACUGGUUUGUUUUCAUUAUUGAACAAUUUAUCACUUGUGAUAGGAAUUAUUUUUGCUUUAGUUUUAAUGUAAAUAAAUGCAGGUGUUUGUUUACAGUAA